AGCUUCCAAGGCGUUCUCUUACUCGGGACUCGUCGGCGAUGCGUUCGGUGGUGCAGGACGAAACCUCUUGCAGGCCUGUAUCGUCAUCAACAAUCUCGGCACGCUCGUAGUCUACAUGAUCAUCAUUGGUGACGUGCUGUCAGGGACAUGGUCAGAUGGGAUCCACUAUUCAGGUGUGAUGGAGGAAUGGUUUGGGCAACAAUGGUGGGACAAACGUUCCGUCCUACUGCUUCUCACAACCAUCCUUGUUUUUGCUCCUCUUAUUUCAUUCAAACACCUUGAUUCAUUGAGGUACACAUCAGCCUUGUCUGUUGGUUUGGCUGUCGUAUUUGUAGUGAUCACAGCAGGAGUAGCUAUUGUUAAACUGAGAAAUGGAAGCAUUGAAAUGCCACGCUUGCUGCCUGAACUUGUUGAUCAGGCAUCUUUCUGGAAGCUUUUCACAACUGUACCUAUACUAGUCACUGCCUAUAUCUGCCACCAUAAUAUUCACCCAAUAGAGAAUGAACUACAAGACCCCAGCCAGAUGAAGUCAAUUGUCCGGACAUCAAUCACAUUAUGCUUAUCUGUCUAUCUUGCUACCAGCUUUUUUGGAUUUCUCCUCUUUGGGAAUCACACACUGGAUGAUGUACUUGCCAAUUUUGACGCUGAUCUUGGAAUCCCUUAUAGUUCCUUGCUUAAUGAUGUGGUGAGAGUGAGUUAUUGCAUCCACCUAAUGCUUGUUUUCCCAAUCAUAUUCUUUUCCCUUCGCCUCAACCUAGAUGGUCUACUUUUUCCAUAUGCCAUUCCGAUUGCCUUUGACAACAGGAGAUUCUUCUCAGUAACAGCGGCUCUCAUGGGUUUCAUUUUUCUGGGAGCCAAUUUUGUGCCUAGCAUAUGGGAUGCCUUCCAGUUCACUGGUGCCACAGCUACUGUCUCCGUUGGAUUCAUUUUUCCAGCUGCUGUUGCUCUUAGGGAUACUCAUGCAAUAUCAACAAAGAAAGAUAGACUGGUAUCGUGGGUGAUGAUUUUUACUGCUGUGUCUUCGAGCACUGUGGCAAUCUCCAGUGAUAUUUACAGCAUUUUCAACGGGACAACGUAGUUGGAAGCUGAUACCGUUGGAGAAUUUUGGUGCAAUUCUCCUACAAUUGAUGCAUCUUCAGCUAAUUAAUUCGGUUGUUAUAGAAUCACUUGGUUGUGGUAAAACCAAUGCUUCAUUUCCAGUUCUUCAACAAUCCCCACACACCAAUUAAUGAAGGACCCUUGUCAUGUAUCAGGGUUUUAACAUACGAACAACACAGACGUUCAAGGCUGGUUUGGUCCACCUUAUGCAGAAGGGUUCAUAAGAACUUUUUGAAGUGAAUAUUUUUGUUAAAAGGAAAGGAUUGGCUGUGGAAAUUUGGAAUAAUUCUUGUAACUUUGUUUGAUGUUCGUCAAUUCAUUAAAAACAAUAGGAAGAUAUGACAUGUUCACAUUUUUUAGUCUAUCAAUUUGUAACUUCCUACAUGACUAGGAGAUGUUUUUUUGCUUCAAUGAGAUUUCAGAUAGAAUUCCUAGUUAUAGUUCUCUGAAGAAGCUUUAUACCUUGUUCAAAUGUUCACAUCAAGCCUGUUAAAUGGUGUUUACCUCCUUUCAACAAAGCUAAACUUAGAAGUACCUACCUCAGUUUUUCCAUUUUCAUUUCGGAUAUUUGAUUUUUUCUUUUUCCA